AUGAUGUCAGAAUUGGCGUGUUCUGAGGAACUGCCCCCUGAGCCAAUCCUGCCUCCGGAGGGUCUGAGAUAGGCUUAGAAUGAACACGAUGACAUGAGAGAAGUCGAUUAGAAUAGGAAAAGAGUGAGAAAAUGA